AUGGCAAUAGCCGAAGAAGUGGAGAAGCUGUUUAGAGCUCAGUUUAUUGAAGAAGUGCACUAUCCCGAUUGGUUAGCCAACGUAGUAUUGGUCAAGAAAUCCAAUGGGAAGUGGAGAAUGUGUGUAGACUUCACCGACCUUAACAAAGCUUGUCCGAAAGAUAGCUUUCCUCUGCCCUGUUGGCAAUUGUGGAACAACAUGCCCCGCAUUGAUGCAUUGGUUGACUCAACAUCUGGAUAUGGCUUGCUCAGCUUUAUGGAUGCCUUUUCCUGUUACAACCAGAUCUACAUGCAUCCAGAAGAUAGAGAAAAAACUGCGUUUAUUAUAGACCGAGGCCUGUACUAUUAUAAGGUCAUGCCCUUCGGACUGAAAAAUGCAGGGGCAACAUACCAGAGAUUGGUAAACAAGAUGUUCCGAGAGCAGAUUGGGUGGAACAUGGAAGUUUAUGUGGAUGACAUGCUAGUCAAAAGCUUAACUGACAAGUGUCUGCCAUUCUUCAAAAUCUUGAGAAAGGCCUUUGAAUGGUCUGAGGAAUGUGAAGAAGCUUUUGGGGAACUAAAGAAGUAUUUAGUCAACCCACGUUUGCUAAGUCGAACAAUCCCUAGAGAAGUACUGUACCUGAACUUAGCUGUCUCUCUAACAGCAGUGAGUGCAGCCCUUGUACGAGAAAAGGAGGUGGUGCAGAAGCAUGUAUACUUUAUCAGCCGAGCAUUGAAAGGGGCCGAGGAGAGAUAUCCCCAAAUGGAAAAGCUUGCCUUCGCUCUUACCAUAGCGUCAAGGAAACUCUGGCCAUGCUUCCAAGCUCACACAAUAAGGGUUCUCGCUAAAUACCCUCUUAAAAAGGCAUUGGCAGACUUUUUGGCAGAAUUUACUAAUCUGCCAGAUGCAAAACAAUGGCUGAGGGAUGAAACUUGGGUAGUUUAUGUGGAUGGGUCAUCCACAAGAAGGCAUGGUGGAGCUGGAGUGAUACGAAUCACCCCAAAAGGUGAAGAGCUGCGCAGUUCCAUAAGGUUGGAGUUCAGAACUACCAACAAUGAAGCCGAAUACGGGCCGUGA